GCCAUUUUUGAUUUUGCCAAAUAAGAGUAGAGUUCUCUAGUUUUGAACGAAGAAGAAGAAGACGAACGACGAAGAAGAAUGCAUAACGUGAAGGGAUUGUUGGGACGAAUCGUUCGAGAUAAGCUAUGGAGGUUUGGUUAUCGGAGGAGCUUUUGCUCGCUUAAGGUCACUCCCGAGGAUCUUGAUUACCAGGUACUCGUUGAAGGAAGUGGUUGUUCCCGUACUGCGAUUCUCAAUAGACCACCUGUUCUCAAUGCGCUCACCACUCACAUGGGAUAUAGGUUGCAGAAGCUUUAUAAGAAUUGGGAAGAGGAUCCAAAUAUCGGGUUUGUGAUGAUGAAGGGGAGUGGAAGGGCAUUUUGUGCUGGUGGUGAUAUUGUGUCUCUCUACCAUUUAAGAAAGAGAGGUAGCCCGGAUGCUAUUAGGGAGUUUUUCUCGAGUUUGUAUAGCUUUAUAUACUUGCUAGGCACAUAUCUAAAGCCACAUGUGGCAAUUCUUAAUGGUGUUACUAUGGGAGGCGGAACUGGAGUUUCGAUACCUGGGACAUUUCGUGUAGCUACUGAUAGAACUAUUUUUGCUACCCCUGAAACAAUCAUCGGUUUUCAUCCUGAUGCUGGCGCUUCUUUUAACCUCUCCCACUUACCUGGUCGCUUAGGGGAGUAUCUGGGUCUGACUGGGUUAAAGAUCAGUGGGGCAGAAAUGUUGGCAUGUGGCCUUGCGACACAUUAUAUUAGAAGUGAGGAGGUUCCUGUAAUGGAAGAACAGCUCAAGAAUCUUCUCACUGAUGAUCCUUCUGUUGUUGAGUCAUCCCUAGAAAAAUGUGCAGAAGUUGCCCAUCCGGAAAAGACUGGUGUUAUUCGCAGGAUCGAUUUACUUGAAAAAUGCUUCAGCCAUGACACAGUAGAAGAAAUUAUUGAUUCUUUGGAAAUCGAGGCUGGUAGAAGAAAAGAUACAUGGUGCAUUACGACUCUACGUAGACUUAAAGAAAGCUCACCUCUAUCUUUGAAGGUGGCAUUGAGAUCUAUCCGGGAAGGAAGAUUACAAACACUUGACCAAUGCUUAAUCCGAGAAUAUAGAAUGUCGCUACAAGGAUUAAUCGGGCCAAUGUCUGGCAAUUUUUGCGAGGGAGUACGAGCUCGACUGAUAGACAAGGACGAAGCACCAAAGUGGGAUCCACCGAGCUUGGAGAAAGUAUCAGAGGACAUGGUUGAUAAUUACUUCUCAGCCUUGACUCCCACGGAACCAGAUCUUGACCUUCCUGUCAAACUCAGAGAAAGCAUUUAGUUUCUUGGUGAAAGUGAAAAAAAUUUCAAAAUUGGCUAACAUCACUCCCUUGGUAAACGAAAAGACCUUGUUUGUUGGGAGACUGAUUUCAUUCUUCCUGAAGCAGAAUGUGUUGCAGGAUUUAUUUUUAGCCACAAAUUUUAGUAACUUUGUAUUGACAAAAAUACUACUUAAAAAUUUCAUAAAUUAACUAUUAAUAAAAAGGAAUUUACUAG